CCUUCAUUUGUUUUUAUAGUUAUUUACCCCUUAAAGUUAGGACGGCAGUGAAUUUGACAACGGUUUUGUUCGUACUAAGCUUUCGCGAUAUCAAAUACAGAGAAAAUACUUGGCUUUACGCGGAACUUGUGGUGGAAAGUGUGCUGUUUCAGAGGAAAUCGUCUAACAGGUCAACGGUACGCCAUCCAAAUGUCAUGGCAACUAGAGUCAAUAGAAAGAAUGCAGCCUCUGCAGCUGCAGCAUCCCCAAAAGAUAUAGUAAACGCAGUCAAAAAUGAACUUGUGGCAUCACCAAAGCCGAGCGGAGCUAAAUCAACGGCAAGAAACACGCCUAUCGGAAAAAGAUUAGCAAAAGUAACCCCAGCCAAAAAGAUCGUCAAAAAAACAAUAGGAAUCAAGCUGAAGGCCAAAGCCAAAACGCAGCUGAAAGUCCUACCGAAAGCUCUCUUACAAACCACCAAAACUGCCGAAAACAGGAAAAAACUCUUGAGAAAUGGCGUGAAGGAAAUCAAACCAAGAAAGAAGAGGAAAACCGUCAAGAAGGAAAUAGACGACUCGCCUCCUGUUCUGGAACCAAUUUUUCCCAUAGAAGAAAACUUGGAGGGUAAGAAAACUCCAAAGAAACGCCUGUCGAAGAAAGCCGCUAAAAACACUACCCCUGACCUGCUGGACAUAACAAAAGUCAAAGUAGAAAACGAGGAUGACCUCUCCCUGUCGAGCGAUUUCACAGACAUCUCCAAUAACGAAAUACCCACACUUUCCAGGCAGGUUAAAAAACCCAGAGCUUCUCGCAAGCCCAAAGUCCAGAGUGACACACUGGAAGAUGUCAUGAACGACCUAACUUUCCUCAUAAAAGCUGACGACGUUAAAAAAGAGGUCGACUCCUUAUCGGAAUCAGGCAAAAGCGACACGGUAGCGAAACCCAAAAAGCUCACCAAGAGGCAGCGAAUAGAACUACUGAAGAAGAAGAUGAUCAAAAAAGAAAAUAUAGAAAAUACCCUGAGCAAGCUGGACUCGUCUGACGAAAAGGUCAUCGACAUGCUGGACCUGAACGUAAAGAGGGUCAAAAAAAAGUCGCCUUUGAAGAGGAGGCACAGCAUCGAGAAGUUUCCUGUAGGCUCGGUGGAAACCAGCGAAAACGCUCCGCGCACUAUUUUUGGUCAUGUACCACGCAGCGCCAGCCCGAAAAUCAAGCGCAAUGCUAAGAGUAGACAAAGCAUAGAAGGAAGUAGCCAGCGGCUUAACCCGUAUGCUACUCGGUCUGAUUCGCCAGCAAGAAUGUUGAGGAAUGGAAAACAGCGCAAGCUUAAAUCCACAGGACUUCUGGCUGGGUUGGACAGCUCUAGCAAAAAGCGCAAAAGGUUGUGCUCUGAUUUGAGCGGCAGCGAAAUGUCUUUUUCUAAAAUGUCAGGUUAUGAAUCAGACAGCAGCUUCUCUGAUCUCUCCUCUAUCCACGGAACUGAAAGUAACGACCCGAAGGAUCUAGACUCGACCAAAAGCCAACAAAGCGCCAGCUCAGACACUGCCCAAAACGGACCAAUAGAUAACUUAGAUAUUAUCGAUACAAAUUCAAACGUGUGCAAGGACUUCAAUCUGAACAAGCCCACCAUUAACUCUGAAGUAAAGGACGACGUUGUGUUGCCAGACAAAGAUGCAUUGCUUGACAUCAUGAAACAAGCGUUCAAUGAUGUGAGCUUCCAAAAAAGCACGCCCAAGACUAGCCCCAAAGGCGGCGCCGUGGGAACGGCUAGGUUUUAUGGCAGGACACCCCUUAAAGGUAGAGGGAAUGUGGGCAAAACAGAAAGAAUCGAGACGAUAGUGACGGACGAGAGUUCUAGUACUUCAUUUUCGGAAAGUAUACCGGCCAGAACGAUUACUUCUGAGGAAUCUCACCAGGAAGAAGUGGUGGAGACCUCAUCCGGUUUUCAAGAAUCAACCAAAGUGGAUCAGGACAAUAUCGAAACUAUGAACGACACAGAUGAUAUUCUGGCCCAAUCAGAUGAUGUCUUGAGCCAGUUGGAAAAAGUUCUAAAUCAGCAAGAAGCAAUGUUAAAUCAGUCGGAAGAAACGCUGAAACAGUCAGUCUUAAAUCUGCCAACAGAGCAUAUGAAUGAACCUAAAGAGAAACCACUUCCUCUACUAGAAGUUCCAGUUCAGCUAGAGGAGGCAAGUCAGGAGAAAGAAAUAACAGAACAGCCAACAGAGGUAUUGAAUCAAACCAAAGAAAUAUUUUUUGAACCGCAAGAUGAAAUAAGUGAAACUGAGGUUGUGGUAAACCGUUUUGAAAUUACAAAUCAAAUGGAACUUAUUGAAAAUGAACCUGAACCUGCAGAAAAUCAAAACGAGCAGGAGGAAGAGCAGCCAAAUCAUAUGGAUAGUCAAUAUGACGACAAAUUUGGAGAUACUGAUACCAGGUUCGAAAAUGUCAGUCCGCUUGUUAUAUCUAAUCAUCCCAAUGAGAAUACAGAAGAAAUGGAAGUCGAAGUACCUGUAAAGUUUGAACCAAUGAAUACUAGUUCUUUUUAUGGGCCUGAAACUUCUACAACACAGCAAGCAGAUAUAAUGGGUCCAGUCGUGGAGGAAGAUGUCAAAGAAGAAAAUAACAUGGAAUGUGAAAACAGUGAAGACAUUGAUGCAGAAAUCCAACCAAGUUUUCAUCAGGAAAAUGUUUCAGAUGUGGUAAAUGAGAAAGUACCUGAAGCAGUGACAGAAGAAAAAGAAUCUCCUCUAUUAAAGGAGACUGGAGUUGAGGUUGGAGUGGAUCCUUUGGCAGAAGAGUUUAUGGAGACUGCUCAAGAUCCGUUAUUGGUGCCUGUCCUGGAUUCCGUAAAGGAAAAAAAUAGUGAAGAGACUUUGGUUGGAGACGUGAGUGAAGGAACAAAUGUAAAUUCUAGUGAUGUUGAUAGGACUGAGAGUGAUAACAUUGUGAUGGACUCGAGAGAAGAGGAUGUUAAUCCCAGUAUUGAGGAGUCUGCUGAGGAACUUGCAGAAAAAGAAAGUGUUCUUAAGGCACUGGGACUUCAAAGUCUGAAAGCUGCAGAAGAAGCUAAGCAGAAGAUAAAAGAAAAACCUUCAGGGUCCAAGAGUGAAAAUUAUACAGGCACUCUGAAAACUGUGAUCAAAAUUAAUCGUGAUAAGAAAAAGGGGCGUAGUACAAUUAAAAUGACUUUACAAAAGAAUAAAUCAAAGAACUCUAGUGUAGAAGAAGAAGCGACUGUUUCUGAAGAGAAUUACAAAAUCUUGAAAGAGGGAGCAACCUCGGCAUUGAAGCAAACCCCUCAUUCAUCAGAUACGGCUGGUGCGCAAAGAAAGUCUCAUUAUUCUAACAGAUCUAACAUGGAUGGCAGCAGUGAACACACUUCUGAUGGGGAAGCCGCUGCUCAGGAUGGAGCAAUCAAAGCGCUGGUUAUUCCAGAGAAAGCCAGCUCAUUCAGCAUUCACCCAGGAAGGCUGUGCAAAGACGAGUGUUCAUAUUGUUUCGGCAAAUUCGGACUUUUUGAUACUCCUUGUCAUAUCGCUACAAUCAAAAGUAUUGAGAGGCAGAAUAGGAUUCUAGGCACGGAAAAACAUCUCACGACUGAUUCCUGCCUGUGUGAUGCUUGCUAUAGGCACGUAGAUAGAAAAUCUAACACUCCUUCUUAUGUUAACAAAUCCUUAAAAAGAAAUGCCUUGGUUGCACCGGGUCCAAGAAAAAACCACUGCCAUGUUUUGGGUUGUAGAAAGGAGGCCACAAAUAUACUCAGGAGGAAAUGGAUCAUCAAAAUGAGAAAAAGUAUUUGUCAAGUGAUCAACAUAGACUUUGACAAUCCAGGUCUGCAUUCCAUACCAAUUUGUGAUGAACACUACACUGCCUUGGAACACCUCAUGAUAUGUUCCAUGUGCAAAAGAAGACUGGCCAGAAAUCACAUCCACUAUUUGGGACCUGAAACGAUUGAUCUCAACAAAGCCCUCGACGCUGAGGGUAUUCCUCUGGCGCUCACAGACAAACCUGUCGUGUGCAAGUUGUGCAAAUGUUUUGCUUCCAUUCUUCUCAAAGGUUCAGAGGAAAGACCUGAAGCGAGUGAUAAUUUCUUCAAGGAAUAUAAGAGAAGACUCCUGCAUUUCAAUGACAUCGAACCGAUGGACGAAGCCGCUGCAGAAGAGCCCAUCGCUGUCCCCAGCAAAGCUGAUCGUGUGGAGCAUACCAAAAAGAAGAAGAAACUCGUCAAAAACCCGCUCGCUACAAAAUCGGAAAGCGACUGUCCGGAAAGUCCUCAGAAAAUUCAAGAGAGGGUACCUUCGACAGACACCAGCAGUCAGCCCCAGUCCCGUUCUGAGUCCCCGAGCGAUGAAUACAAUGGAGUUGAUUAUAAUACUCUCAUACCUGCGAUCGCAAUGGAUUGUCCAAGCGAUACGGAGGUCAAAAAGGAAGCUCCCGUGCAGCCUGUCAUCAUCAGGAAGAUCGGACCGAAGUUUGAAUCUUUGAGAGACGCAGUGGAAAUUACCAAAGUUACAAAAGUGGACAAGAACAAAAACAGCGACAUCGCCGUUCAAAAACUAGGAGCUAAUCCAUCCAUAUCAGUCAGGCAACUAUUCCCGGGCGAAGAAGAACUCCCGCUCAAUGCCAGUAUAGACUUCAACAACGUCAAAGAACGCACGCCGGAAGGAUGGGAGAAGUGCUCUUCUGUUAUUCAGUACGACCAAGAGACGAAACGGCUUUGGCGUGAACUGCAGAAGCCCUACGGCAAUCAGAGCAGCUUCCUAAGGCAUCUAAUCCUCCUAGAGAAAUACUUCCGGAACGGCGAUUUGGUGCUGUCGGCUAGAGCAAGCCACCACUCGAUCAACUACAGCGAGUCGGUGCAUAACAGACUGAGGGCUUACGAUAAUAUUCCUUCUACUGCAGGAAAUAUCCAGCCGUUGAGCAUGCUCCCUUUUAAUAAGAUGCAGAAGAGCAGUAGCGGGAUUAUCACAAGCGCCAACAUCACUAAAGUUCCAGGUCUCAGCAGCUCAAUAUCUAUAAGCCACCCUCCCUCCAGCACCAUAACUUCAUCCAACUGCAAACCAGUUAGCAACAUGGCAAUGUCGAUUACCACUGUACCAAGUACCAGCAUUGUAACCAACAACAGCUUACCGAAGAGCACCCCUCUGACUAUAUCUCAGCUGAACAGCCCCCCUCUAUUACCCGCAAAUGCGACGAUGCUCCAACAAAUCAGGCCGAAAAUGGUGGGAGCUCCUCCGGGACUUAUAUCUCUCCAUCCAGGUACUAGUAGACCUGUAGCCCCUUUGGUGAAGGUGCCCCAGCCGCAAAAAAUUAAAUUCCCCAUUACUAAGAACUGGAGGCCCAACUUGAUGCCGAUUGACCCAAAUAAGAAACAGGAAAAGAAAGCUGGAUUGGUUCAGGUUAUCUCUGGAGGCAAACCAUACCAUAUAUCCCUGGAAGAUUACAAGAAAAUGUGCGCCAUCAAGAGGAGCUUCGAAAUCAAACAGAAACGCCUCCAAGAAGCUCAGACCGUCAAAGGCAUUCUGGUAAGACACAAUUCCGUUCUGAAGUCAAUUCAUCCCAGAAAAGGUCUGAUUAUCUCUAAAACCUCCGUCGCCCCGACCAAAACCGACACACAACCUUCUGCCCCACCGGUACCGCCCCUUCUCCCUAGCGCUGAGGGGGAGAACAUUCUCGAAAAACUAGAUCAGCAGGUGGAGAAAUUAGAAUCUAAACUCAACGAGAAGCAAACGUCUCUUCUUUUGCCUAGGAUACCAAAAUCACUUACCGUCAUACCUCAGACGGUUACGAGGAGACCUUCGAGUCCCGUUUUGCUGGUCACUCCCAAUAUCGCCAAUAACAAGUCAUGAUUGGAUAUGUUGACAAUUGUUCAAAGUGCCUUUUGAAACCGGGGGUGAUUCGAAUAUUGGCGCCCUCUGAAAUGAAUGAAUAAAGCUAAUUUUUUCGUAUGUGAUAGUAGUAAUGAUAGUCUGGCAAAUAAUUAAUAAUUCCCUGGUGAACCAAAAUAUUUUCAUAUUGAAGGUCUGGCUACCUCAUAUUAGGAUCAGUCUAUUCAGUGGAAAACUUUCACAGAAAUACUAAAAAGCUAGAUACCGAUCACUACUACUAGCAAAAAUAUUGCUGACAUUUAGCAACUUUGAAGUAUGGAGAACAAAUUUUUCAGUACUGCGUUAUAUUUGAAAGGGAUGAUGUAGUUAGAGUAGAAAUUGAGCCCGGCCUUAAUAAGUCAUUGUAACUAGAUAUUUCGCCCUCAACUGCUGUAGGCAUCUUCGGCUUUGAUGUAAUAGUCUCGUCUACCGACCUAGACAAGUAAUAACAAUAAUUUUAUUAUCCUGUAAGACAAUCGAAAAGGUACGAUAUGUGUAAAAACAAAAACUUAAAAUUAGUAAACAGUUUACUAAGAGUAACACAUUCAUUGAAAUUUUUAUUUUAAUAAUCGAUCAUUUCCU